AUGACGUGCGUUCUGAGCGACUUUGGAGCAUCGCACUCGCUUCGUGUUAUUCAGAAUUUGCUCGGAGACGUGACCUAUUCGGUGUCUCAAACUCCGCAAGUCUCGAUCGACUUCCAGUGCGUCCGCAAGACCAACGGAGUUUUGUCGGUGCGCUGGGACUACUUGCAAGAUCUUUUCCACGACGGCUUCAUUGACGAAGCGCACGCAGCCUUUGUGCACAUUCUUACACAGCACGCCGAGGAUAAGCAUGCAUGGUCAAAGAAUGUUUCGCCAGACAUCGACCUUGUUCGAAACGAGAAUGUCAUCCAGCGACUCGAAGCAAACAACACUUUGCCCCUCACCACCAAUGCUUUGCCCACGUCAAACUUUCCGCUUCUUCACACAGGCUUCCUUCGACACCUCUCAACAUCACACGAACGGAUCUGCAUCACGGAUGCCUUUGAAACGGUGACAUACCUCCAGCUCGCCAUCGCCGUCCAUGACACUCUCUCUAAGCUGAAGGAGGCUGGUGUUGUUACAGGAGACCGAGUGGCGGUGCUUAUGCCUAAGAGCUGGCAGCAAGCGGCUGCGUGCUUGGCGCUUCUCUCACAUGGAUGCAGCUACGUGCCCGUCAAAAUCUCUCAACCUCGUGCUCGCAUCGAGACGAUCUUGAGCGAGGCACAGUGUGCUGCUGUGGUCACGAACGCAGCGGCGGUGGAACAGCUGUCAUACGUGCAGCUCCCUGUCAUCGCAAUCAAGUCUGCCGACACCUUGUCAUCCAACGGAUCGUCGUCAGAGGAACUUGCUACGCAGCUUCUGGACAUGGCCGAGUCCAUCGAUCCCAACAGCGAAGCAUACGUAAUCUUCACGUCGGGAAGCACCGGCAAGCCCAAGGGUGUCCGCAUGAGCCAUGCUGCAGCCAUGAAUACGAUCAAUGAUCUGUUGAUCCGCUGGAACUGCCACUCCAAUGACGUCUUCUUUGGACUGGCGAAUCUCAGCUUCGACUUGUCGGUUUUUGAUCUGUUUGCCAGUCUGACGGUGGGGGAACACCUCGUUCUUCCUUCUGGCAAAGUUGAUACUAAUGAAUGGGCUCACUUGGUCCAAUCACACGGCGUGGCAAUCUGGAACUCGGUACCCAUGCACAUUCUGAUGGUGAUGGCUGCCUUGGCCGACGACGAUGGUCCAGAAAACAGCGACGCAUUUAGUAGUGCGGUGUUGGAAAGUGUACGCAUUCGCCUCCUGUCUGGUGACAAGGUACCUGUUGAUGCUGUUCAGACGCUGCCAAAGGCGCUGCCAGACAUGGACAUCUACAGUGGUGGUGGCGCUACCGAGGCAGGCAUCUGGUCGAUCUUGUACCCCAUCAGUCGGCAAUUGGAGGAAGGCGCCAUGUUUGUUCCGUACGGCCGAUCGAUGCACAACCAGUCUUUCUAUGUGCUCAAUUCCCAACUCGAACCCUGUCCGACAUUCGUGGCUGGUCAGCUUUUUAUCGGCAGUGACAGUCUUGCGCUAGGAUACACGGACACUCAGCAGACUCGCAAAGCGUUCAUCUAUAUCGACAUUGACGGAUCAGGGCCUCAGAGGCUGUAUCGAACCGCCGACUUUGGUCGCUUCCUCGCGAGCGGUGACAUCCAGAUCCUCGGUAGGAAGGACGACCAGAUCAAGAUCCGUGGACACCGUGUCGAGCUUGGUGAGAUCGAGACGCGUAUCCUCGAAAUUCCAGGCAUUCUCGAGGCGGUAGUGGUACUCAACAGCGGUGCAAGUCCAGCUGACGUUUUGUUGCAUGCCUUUGUCACUCAGGCGCAUAGCGAUGAAGUACAGCCGAUGACCGACAUCGAAAUUCGUCACUGUCUCGAAUCAAGUUUGCCGCGCUACAUGAUCCCUUCUAGCAUUUCGAUCGUCGACAAGCUCCAAAUUUCGGCCAACGGCAAAGUGGAUCGAAAGUCGCUCGCAUCGAAGGUGAGCAAGGCUCACGAAGUCGAAGCUGCCGAACAGGACCAGCAGAAGCAGGCACAUAUCGAGCCUCCCAGCAACAACGUGGAACGCUCGAUCCGCGCUAUUUGGGCCAACAUUCUCAAGAUGGAUGCUGUGCUGAUUGGAUGCGACCAAGACUUUUUCUCUUUGGGAGGCAACUCUUUAUCGGCGGUGCGUGUGCUGACAACUGUCAAGGUCGACGUGACUGCCAUCCUGCAACAUCCCACAGUACAAUCGGUUGCACUUCACAUCUGCAAGCUCGGCGUAGACGUCAAUUCGCCUGAAGUGAUCCCCUCCGCCAAGAACGGGCCCAGCUGGUCGAGUCUGUUCUCGCGCCCAUAG